GGAGUUGCGGAAGCAAAACCCUGGGCAGGGCCAGCUGCAACCCCAGUCCUGGGAUGGACGUGGGUGCCUAUCUCUCCCGGAUCGGGUACCAGGGCCCGAUGGAGCCCACCCUGGAGACGCUGCGGGGGCUGCACCGUUGCCACCUGUUCUCGGUGCCCUUUGAGAGCCUGAGCGUGCACUGUGGGGAGCCCAUCACCCUGGCGCUGCCCCUGCUCUACGACAAGAUCGUCCGGCGGCGGCGCGGCGGCUUCUGCUACGAGAACAACGGGCUCUUCCUGUGGCUGCUGCGGGCGCUGGGCUUCUGCGUCGUGGGGCUAGCCGGCCGCGUCCGGAACCGCUUCACCGGGCGCCUCGGGCCGCCCUGCGACCACCUGGUGCUGCUGGCCCGGCUGGGGGGCCAGCGCUUCCUGUGCGAUGUGGGCUUCGGGGACGGCUUCCUGGAGCCCCUGCGGCUGGAGCCGGGCCUGGAGCAGCCGCAGGAGGGCGGCACCUUCCGGCUGGGCCUGGCGGGGGGCGUCUGGGUGCUGGAGCGGCUGCGGGCGCCGGGCGAGGAGGGGCAGAUGCUCUACACCUUCACGCUGGAGGAGCGGGAGCUGGGAGACUUCGCCGCCAUGUGCUGCUACCACCAACAGGCCCCCAGCUCCAUCUUCGCCUGCAAGUCCUUCUGCAGCCUGCCCCAGCCGGGCGGCGGCCGCCUCACCUACAUGGGCUGGCGCCUCAUCGCCACGCGGGGCGGGGAGCGCACGGAGACCCCCCUGCAGCCCCACGAGAUCCCCGCCCUGCUGCAGCGCGCCUUCGGGGCCCAGCUGAGCGGGACCCUGGUGCCCAAGGACCAAGACAUACAGCCACCCCCCGAGGGGGAGGAGAUGGGGCCAGCUCCCCCCACUGAAUGAAGGAGCUCCGAGAAAUGAGGUGGGGGGACCCAGAGACACCCCGGGUGCCCGGCUCUGACAGCUGUCGGGAGGGUGAGCUGUAAAACAGGCCGGCCAGGGCAGAA